AUGCCGUUGACUUUAAACAAAAAAAUCGAAAUAAUCCGAUUCUUUGGUGAUUUUGCUCGUAGUAGCAGAGAAGUUGCUGCAGAGUUUAACAGGAGACAUCCGCAACGUGCUUCCAUUAUACAUGGAAAAGCAGCCGCUAUAAAUGUUCUUUUUAGUGAAACUGGCAGUGUUAUUAAAAUCCAUCAAAAUGGCCAAUCUCGGCGAAUACACCCGCAUCCUGAGGAUAACGAUAUACUGGCGGCAAAUCGAGCAAAUCCACACAUGAGCCUUCGAGAUUUAUCAUCUCAGCUGAAUAUUACUAAGGAUAAAAUCAGAAGAUGUUUCAUCCGUCACAAAAUCAAGCCCUAUAAACCAAAGUUCUUACAUACAUCAAAAGAAGGCGAUGAGAAUAAAAGAUUAUUGGGCCCAAUGUUAUUUUUGAAAUGA